AUGGGAAAAGAAAUUAUGGAAGAUGAGAAUCAUGAUGUGUUGGCUGACUAUGACAGCGAGAAUAUCCAGCAUAAUUUGAACAUAUUGGACAAUGAAAAUGUAGCAGGAGAUGUUGCCUCUGAGCCUGAGGUAGGCAUGAUGUUUAAUGAUGAGAAUGAAAUGUUGGCGUUCUACAAAAGAUAUGCUUACGCUGUAGGCUUUCUAGUUCGAAAAAGGAAUUCGAAAAAAGGUGAUGAUGGAGUUAUGAGAUACGUGACUUUCACAUGUAGUCGCAAAGGGCGAAGGAAUUAUGCUACAGGCGGUUCAUUGAAGCCGCUACCAACAAUUCAGACUGAUUGCAAAGCAAGAAUAUCUAUGUCCUUAGAUAAUCUUGGAGUUUGGAGAAUUAACAAAGUGUACCUUGAUCAUAAUCAUAAGACAAGUCCUUCAAAGUCUAGAUUGUACCGAUGCAGCCGAAUUUUGAGUGCGAGUGUGAAGCGAAAACUCCAAGUGAAUGAUAUGGCAGGAAUUCCCUUACACAAGAGCUACAACUCCGCAGUUGGGGAAGCAGGUGGGUAUGAGAAUACGACUUUUCUGGAGAGAGAUUGUCGGAACUAUGUUGACCAAGAGAGACGAUUACGCCUUGGAGAAGGAGAUGCCAUUGCAUUACAGGCGUACUUUUCAAAGAUGCAGGCAAGGUGGUCAGGAUUUUUUUUUAGUAUGGAUUUAGAUGGUGAGUCACGACUAAAGAAUGUUUCCUGGGCAGAUAACAAAUGCAGGCAAGCUUACAAAGAAUUUGGUGAUGUGGUCACUUUCGAUACCACGUAUAUAACAAAUAAGUAUGCCAUACCCUUCGCCCCUUUUGUUGGGGUGAAUCAUCAUGGACAAAGUACACUACUCGGUUGUGGGUUGUUAUCAAAUGAAGAAACAGGGACUUUUGUGUGGUUAUUCAGGACGUGGCUUGAGUGCAUGCAUGGUGAAGCACCCAGAGGGAUCAUUACUGAUCAAGAUCGGGCAAUGCAAAAUGCCAUUGAAAUAGUUUUUCUGAAAACGAAGCACAGAUGGUGUCUUUGGCACAUUAUGAAGAAAUUGCCAGAAAAGUUUGGCUACCACAGUUGGAGAUCGAUGCUUGAUACAUAUGACUUACAUGAUAAUGAUUGGUUAUCGAGAUUGUAUGAGAAUAGGAAUCGAUGGGUUCCAUGUUAUUUGAAGACUACAUUCUUGGCAGGGAUGUCAACAACCCAACGAUCUGAGAGUAUGAAUACAUUUUUUGAUGGGUACGUGCAUUUAAAGACUUCGUUGAAGCAGUUCGUGGAACAAUAUGAAAGAGCACUGAGAAGUAAAGUUGAGAAAGAGUUCCAGAUAGGUAUAUACUCAGGAGGUGGAGAAGAGAUGUCAGUAGAGCACACACAAGGGUUGCAGUAA